AUGAACUCACUAAUUGUUGACAGUGGCAACAAAUACAUUGAUGAUUUCAUCAAAGAACAAUUUACAAAAGAAAGUGUGUAUAGUGAAUUUUUAGAAUGGGUUCCAUAUGAUAAUUUAACAAAUUUAGAAUUUAUUGGGAAGGGUGGUUUUAGCGAGAUUUAUAGAGUAACUUGGGAAAAAAAUUCUAUAAAUUAUGGAGAAAUUUUUGAAACAAAAAAAUCUGAAGUUUCUUUGAAAGUCCUAAAUGAUUCCCAGAAUGUGGAUUCAGAAUUUAUUAAAGAGUUAAAAUAUACAUAUCAGCUCGGAGGAUUUAAUGUUAUUGAGUAA